AUGGCGGACUCCGGUGAUGCCAAACCUACUCCCUCGGCGGAUCAGACUGCCUCGUCCGAGUUGAGACCUGCCGAACAAGAGACCAAUCUCGUGACGAAUCCUCUGGGUAAUCCUUCGUCUGAAGCCCCGGCAACUGAUGCCCAAGACACCAAAUCUACCACCUACACCGAAACCGCUGCCAAAGCCGCGACCACUGCCGCGAGCACUGCCAGCGCAGCCGCAAGCGGCGUCAAGGACUCCGUCUUUUCCAUGUUUGGUGGCGGAGCCAAGAAAGAGCGCAAAGUCGACGAGGAUGACAAUGCAAAAGAUGAACCCAGCGGCAGUUCCAAGGCCCAGAAAAAGGAGGAUGAUGACGAUGACAAGGCCGAGGAGGAGGAAGUAGACGUCGAGUUUGAACCAGUAGUCCGACUGACCGAGAAGGUCGAGACAAAGACCAACGAGGAGAGCGAGGAGCAGGUCUUCAAGAUGCGUGCUAAACUGUUCAAAUUUGACAGAGACUCGAAGGAGUGGAAGGAGAGAGGCACUGGCGAUGUCCGAUUGCUCAAGCACAAGGAGAAUGGCAAGACACGAUUGGUUAUGCGUCGCGACAAGACUCUCAAGGUCUGCGCAAACCACUAUGUCACCCCUGACAUGAAGCUUUCACCAAACGUGGGCAGCGAUCGCAGCUGGGUCUGGAAUGUUGCGGCUGAUGUCAGCGAAGGCGAGCCAGAGGCCCAGACUCUGGCAAUCCGGUUCGGAAACAGCGAGAAUGCGAAUCUCUUCAAGGAGGCGUUCAUCAAGGCUCAGCAAGAGAACGAGUCCCUGUUCCAGAAGUCAUGA